AUGAUCCCGGACCCCAAGCGGCAUGCGGAAAUCAUCGGGCGCGAAGACCUGAUGGAUCCGGAGCCGAUCCCCUGGUACGAGUGGGCAGAGAAGUUCCCCGGGUUGAUCCGAUUCAAUGAGAAGGACCAGGUGAUCACUAUUUCCGUGCGAGCCCACGGCUUCUAUGGUGAGAAGGAGCUGCGCCAGUCCUUCCCAACCCACCUCCCGGUCCCGGCGCAUCUGCAGAAAGCCGACGCCAAGCCAGCUUCAAAGGAGGACUUCUUCGUGAAGCUGGAGGACCAACCGAUGCCAAACUACGAUGUCGGCAUCAAGCCAGAGAUUCACACCAAGUACCGUCAGCCACCGCUCAACGACCCCAACUGGCGUGAGUUCCCGGUGCCGGAUCGGAAGCCCAUCACCAUGGACUUCAAGACCAUCGUGGAGCGCGCUGGGCCCUUUGAGCCCACCGAGAAACCCGGCCUCAAGAAAGCCAAGGAGGCGAGGUCAGCUUUCUCCGUCUCCCCCCCUUUUCCCGCACCAAAAGCAGUUCGGCCGUUUGGCGCCCAGGCGGAUGGCGAUGACUGA